CAGUGUCGUUGUGAAAAUCUCUGCGCGUACGCGUGUUUUUCGCGCGCCAAUGCGCCAUCUGUGCUCGAUCGCGGCGGCGACCGAGCCGUCGUCGGUGACAAUUUCGCAUUUUGUAAUGUCCGCGCCGAUGCAGUGAACGUGGAGUUCGCGAGUGCCGUAUUUAUAUGUUUCGUUGGUGAUUACGUGAAUAGUGUGGCCAGAAUGGAAGCGUUGACCUCGACAGCGAUCGUAUCGUCCGGGACGUCAACGGCUCGCAGUGCGACCGGCGAGACACAAAAUUACCUCGCGUUGAUUCAGUGCAAAGCACCAAAAGUGAAAUAAGGAAUGCAGUGAUGGAAUUUAUAACUCACCUUGGUACGUUUAAGAUAGUGAAAAUGAUCGUGCUUUCAAACAUAUUCCGCGGAAGCCAUCCGCAACAGCAAAUAUCAAAUGAAUUGACUGAAAAGAAUGUUCGAGAAAAAUCAUCGAAAUUAAUGACACAAAGUUCGUUAACUUUAAGGCAGCGAACAAAAACUCACGACAAUAUAAAAGAGACACUUGAAUAUGAAGACGAACCAAACACAGUUAUUAGUGAAAAAAGACUUUCAACCAGUGUUGAUGCCAUAGUUACGCACAAUGAUGCCAAAUGUAAAGUGAUAUGUAGUGCCAAAGGUUUAUUAGAAACAAAUUUAGAUGAUCUUUUUAAUGAUAUAAAAAUAGAUGACGACUGGAGUGUCGAACCAAAGAGUUUAGGUGCAAGCGAACCUAUUUUAAGUUUUAAUGAGCAUGAUACAAAAACUAUUAACAAUCGGGAAUCUCUCGUGUCAGAAAAUGACAGUGAUGGUGAUACAGCGACCGAUAGUGAUUGUAUGGACGAAGCCGCUCGUGAACAGAGGAAAUGCAUGGGUGCGCGCCGUUUCGGACACAUGCUGAGAAGAGUUUUAUCUCGUAACGUGUUUCCCAAUGUCCCGGCGGCGCCGGGGAUGCCCUGCGCGGGGGAGGACCGCAGCAUCUACAGGCGAGGCGCUCGUCGGUGGCGGAAACUGUACAGAGUGAAUGGUCACAUAUUUCAAGCUAAACGUUUUAAUAGACGAGCCUUCUGUGCCUUCUGCCAAGACCGCAUAUGGGGACUGGGACGGCAAGGAUUUAAGUGCAUCCAGUGUAAGCUGUUGGUGCAUAAGAAAUGCCAUAAGCUGGUCCAGAAACCUUGCUCCAAUGAGCACGUCGAUCCCAUCGAGGUCAAGGAUGACGCUAACGGAGAGAGUACGCUUGGCAGGGCUUCCUCUGUUAGGUCCCGCGCAGAUCCCGAGCCACCGUUACCGGAGACUCCGCCGGCGCCCGCCUCGGCGCCCGUUCGCAACGAGGAUCUCGAGCCGGGCUCGCAGCGCCAGUACUCGCUAGAUGACUUCGAGCUGAUUAGAGUCAUCGGUCGUGGAUCUUACGCCAAGGUGUUAAUGGUGGAAUUGAAGCGAACGAAACGCGUCUACGCCAUGAAGGUGAUCAAGAAAGCCCUGGUGACGGAUGACGAGGACAUCGACUGGGUUCAGACUGAGAAGCACGUCUUCGAAACAGCUUCCAACCACCCGUUCCUGGUGGGCUUGCAUUCGUGCUUCCAAACGCCGAGUCGUCUGUUCUUCGUCAUCGAGUUCGUGAGAGGCGGCGAUCUUAUGUUCCACAUGCAGCGCCAGCGCCGCCUGCCGGAGGAGCACGCGCGGUUCUACGCGGCGGAGAUCUCGCUGGCGCUGCACUUCCUGCACGAGCGGGGCGUCAUCUACCGCGACCUCAAGCUGGACAACGUGCUGCUCGACCACGAGGGACACAUCAAGCUCACCGACUACGGCAUGUGCAAGGAGGGCGUGCGGCCCGGCGACACGACGUCGACGUUCUGCGGCACGCCCAACUACAUCGCGCCGGAGAUCCUGCGCGGGGAGGAGUACGGCUUCUCGGUGGACUGGUGGGCGCUGGGCGUGCUCACCUACGAGAUGCUGGCGGGCCGCUCGCCCUUUGACAUCGCGCACGCAGCCGACAACCCCGACCAGAACACCGAGGACUACCUCUUCCAGGUGAUCCUAGAGAAGACCAUUCGUAUUCCCCGAUCUCUGUCGGUGAAGGCGGCGUCCGUGCUGAAGGGCUUCCUCAACAAGAACCCCGUGGAGCGACUCGGCUGCGGCGAAGCGGGCUUCCUGGAUAUCGUCAACCAUCCCUUCUUCAAGAGCAUCGAGUGGGAGAUGUUGGAGCUGAAACAGGUGGUGCCACCAUUCAAGCCGCGCCUGGAGGGAGAGCGCGACCUCGCCAACUUCCCGCCGGAGUUCACCGACGAGCCCGUGCAUCUCACGCCCGACAACGAUACCGUGAUCGCCGACAUCGACCAGUCCGAGUUCGAAGGCUUCGAGUACGUGAACCCGCUGCUCAUGUCACUGGAGGACUGCGUGUGACAACACGCCUGCCGACUGCACCCCCACCACCACCACCUGCACACACUACACGCGCAGGCCUACGGGUACGCUCCGGACUCGUCGUCGUCGGACUACGACUCGGUGUGCUCGGAGCUGCCGCGCAAGCCCACGCUGCUGCAGCACAUGUUCUGCUUACCGCUCAACUGACGCUAGACGUGCUCGCGAGCCCCGUGCCCCGUGCCCCGUGCCCCGUGCUCCGGCGCGCACGGCCUCGCCGUACGCUCGCACUCGCUGCUCAUACAUUACUGAACGGAUAUUUGUCGAGUGGACGCUCGUUCGUUUGUUGUACGUACACGUAAUACGCCACCCGGUGACUCUAUUCUACUCGAUAUCUCCCUAGUGAUUGCAGUCCUUGUGACACAUUCGGAUGUGUGUAUAUUUAUUUACUUUUAAUCUGUAAGUUAAUAUUAUUCUCAAAAAAGUAUUAUCCGUGUAAAUGAUUCGUUAGGUUCAAAUUAAUUUCGUAGAUUUGUAAUUUUUAAUUUACGUAAUUCCUGUAAAUAAUGAGAGUUAAACUACACAUAGGUAUAAUAACGAAAGCAAUCCUACAGUUCUUCCAUGGAAAUAUAGUGAAAUACGACGGAAUUGAUUCGAUUGGCUCGUAGAGUGGACGGCGGUCGGCGCUCGGAGCGGCGCGUCUCGGCGCGCUAACGACGCGCGAGCCUCGUGCAGACAAUCGGCAGGCAUUUGUCAAAAUUGUACAUACGAUACUCGACCUUAACGGGUCGUAAUAAAAACGAUAUUAGAGAUUAAAAGUUUCGCUGUUCGUAUUCGCGUUGUAUCCUUUUGUUAUUAGAUGAACGUAAUCGGUUUAAAUGCUUGUGUACAUAAAACUAUAUAAUGUACUAUACGAAAAAAUAUUGUAUAAAUAAUUUUUGAUUAUCUGUAGUGUGUAACACUUUGUUAUCGAAAUUAUUUAAUAAUUAAAACAAAUUAACGUGAUGCGAUCCUUAUCCAAAGUUUUUUAUAGAAAUUCCGAAAUAUAUUUGCGAAUAAAAGUAUUGGAUACCCGUAGAAUACAAUCCGGUCGACUCACACUUCACCUCUGUGCCAACUGUGAUCAAUAACGAAACGCAUCACGUUUCGAAACAUUUGCUAAAACUUACGUUUUAAGCAAUAAUUGUAUGUUAGUAGUUAUCUAUAUUGGAGACAGGCAACCUGCUCAACGAAAGGCACGUGAGGAAUUAAACGUAGUGAAAACCGCCCCGAAACGGAGCUAGUAGCGAACCGGUAGAACUUCCCUAGUAUAGAUUAAGCUAGUUCGUAGCUUCACUUCGAGCACGAGUCACGUGGCGUGUACAUUUGCAAAGGUCGAUGUUAAAGUUUAACCCUUCGUAUUACCGAAACUAACAGCUUCUCAAACGAUACGACACGCGCGACGGUCGUGACGCGGUCGUGUCGUUUUAAAACUUGUUACUUGAAUUGAAUGUUGCGCGUGAAUUUGUUAGCAAAAUGUAAUGCAUAUUAACGAGGUCGUACGGAACACUUAAAGAUUCCUAUAUAUAAUAUUUUUAAAAGGCACGUUUCAUUAUCAUGCUAACGUACAACGUAGAAGGUUUAGCGGCAUGAAAGUUUAAAAUUUAUAAAAAAAAAAUAUUUUUAAUAGCGACGCCGACGUCGAUGUUCCGUGUUAUCACAUCUUUAGAAAUCCUAUCGCAACGUGAGAUUAUUCUUAUUAUAUUAAUGUAAAGUAUAUUCCCUAUCGUAGACCCUAUUCUCCUCUCGAAAGCUAAAUCACUCCUCUAGGUAGCCAACGAAUUUUAUACAACGUUUACUCGAACGAUGUUAUCAUAAACUGCACUGAGAAAAAUUUAAAUCGUGUAUAUUAUUAUAAAAUCUCGGAAUUAUAAGUCGGUUAUCGAAUAUUAUAACAGAUUAUUGUUAACGUAGAUGAAAAGACUUUAUAUAUUAAAAGUAUCGUAACGGGUCGCCGUCGAAGCGUCCACGACUAUUCUAAAUAGUGCGUAGAAAUAUCUAUUAGACAUUUUGCACCUAUAUUAUAGUGAUGUUCCACACGCGCGUCGAUUCUUUCCGCUCGAUAUUAUUGUAUUGUUGAGUGUUGUGGUUAACUUCGUGCGUCGCGAUGUCGAUGUCAUCGACGCUCGGAGCCUGCGUGUAGAGUUUGUGUUAUUUUAAGUAUUUAAUUAAUAUUUUGAUACUUUUAGGUAUUAACGUUUUAGUUUUUAUAAUUGUUAAUCAUUCCACGGUCCGAAUGCGGCGUUGUAUUGGUGCAUUUUGUAUUAUUAAAGUGACAUCACAUGGCGGCGUGUUUAAGCCAAAAUAAUAUUGCAAUAUUUGCGUUUUAUUGCAUUUCUUUGAAUGUAUUAAAUACUGUGUAUUAAUUGUUUAGUUUCAAUUUCGUUUAGGAUUCACAACCAAACAUUGUUAAUCGUAUGUAGAUCACUUACUAACUGCAUGACAAAUGACAUUAACUAUUAUUGUAAUGAUAACAAAAACAUUGUAAUAGAAAUAUCCCACAAAUGUAACAUUCGCAACUUAAGUUCGUUCAGAACAAAUAUUGUAUUUUAGUUUUGUGUUAAGUUAAUUUAGUUACGUUAACUCGCAUGGAACAGUAACGUUGCAGAAGUUUAUAUAUUAUACAUUUAUACGAGCUGUAAGUGGGUUUAGGUGUCGUAUUUAAUUUCUGUUUGUGUGUGUAUUGUAUAACACCAAUAAAUAAUGUAACUUGUUACGAUUUCUCUGUGAAAUGCUUGGUGCGUGAAUGCGACGUAUUGUCAAAUUAGACUGGAGAACUUGUGGUACUGUACUAUUCUAUGCUUAACUGAAAAUAAAGAAUGAUUAAUCUGA